AUGCUGGGGACAUGCCCUCAUUUAGAUCAUCACGGGGGUUUAAGAGUACGAAGUAAUUGGAUUACUGUACAUAGAUCUACUGAUUGGCUGCAACAGCACGAUAGAGCAGUAGCGAGUAGGGUUACCAGGGAAGCAAGCAUAGUAGGAGCCAACCCAGGACCAACCAAUAAUUUGCCGGCGGAAGAUGACACUGGUGCCUCUUCGCGAUAUACAUUGCAUUCUGAACAACCGUCCCUCAGAACGCCCUCCGAGGACCAUCCAAAAGAUACUCUUUCAAUCUUGCACCUCUGCCGCCAACCGAAAGAUCCGAAAGAUCGGCCUCCAAACAGAAAAGAUCCAAAAGAUUCGUAG